AUGAAAAGAAAGUAAACUCAAAAGAUUGAAUUUGAUUAAUCGAUUGUUAAAAGUUCAAAUAUUGAAAUUCCUCUCAGACCAAACUCAAGCAAAUUAGCUCACAUUGUUAAAUCACCUUUGCCCCUUAAAAAGUCUAUGUUAUCUUAACAUUAAAAUCAAAGGAAAAAUUAAUAAGAACUUCCCUUACCUCAAGACAUGAAAAUAAUUAAAAUUAGAAGCAUUACGCCAAAUCAACAAAGAGUGUUUCAGUAUCAUAAUGCUAGCCCUGCUAAAUUGAUAUAAAAAUAACCUCAAACUUAGUCAGAUAAAAAAAUAUUAGUCAUUACCAAAAGACCAGAAAAAUAAUAAUUUAGAAUUACAAAGAAAAUCAAUUCAUCUGUUGAAAGAAAUAAUUCACCGUUUAAAGCAGGAAGCCCAAAUCAAGGUUACGAAUAAUAUUGGGUAAAUUCUGAAUCAACUGAAGAAAUAGAUUUUAAAAAGUAGAAAAAAAAUAAUAUCAGAGAAUAACAUUAUAAAUAGUAAAAGUAAGAAUUUAAAAAUCAUUUACCAAAAUGUGCUUAGGAUUUCUCUAUGACCUCACAUAAAAAUGAUUUGCAUAAAUUAUUAAAAAACUAUUAAUAAGAGAUUAAAGAAACCCGUCAAUUAUACAUGCAUGAUAACUCUCCUCCAUUAAAUAUGAGUGAAAUAAUGGAAAUAAAUGAAGAUGGUCUUUCCUCUUUAGCCCAAAGCACCUACCAUCAUUAGUUGCAUUGA